CCCACUCAAAUAAUCCGACUGGAGAUUCUUCCUUCUGCACCUCUGGGGGCCCCUCUGAUCCCAGGAGACUUGGGGAAGGAAGAACACAGCUCUCUACAGACAUUGUCCCAGACUCACACAGAGUCCCCUCUCCACCCCUCCGAGGGUGCCGAGGUGGCCCCCGCUCCCUGCAGGCGGAUGGAGAGCAAGAACUCGGGGUGCUGUGAGGCCCCAAAGAAGCUGGGCCUGUCCUUCUCCAUCGAGGCCAUCCUAGGGAAACCCUCCAGGAGGAGCGAAGUGGUCAGGCUGGAAGGGACAGGCGGAGAGGGCCUUGAGCAAGCAGCAGCCGCAGCUGCCAGGCUGGAAAGGACCCUGCAGGACCAGCCCCCAGAAGAGAGGAAGAGCAAGAGGAGGGUCCGUACCACCUUCACCCCGGAGCAGCUGCAAGAGCUGGAGAGGAUCUUCCACUUCACCCACUACCCAGACGUCCACACCCGCAGCCAGCUGGCAGCCAGGAUCAACCUCCCGGAAGCUCGGGUGCAGAUCUGGUUCCAGAAUCAGCGGGCCAAGUGGCGGAAGCAAGAGAAGAUUGGCAGCCUUGGGGCUCCGCAGCAGCUGCGCAAGGCCGACGUGACCCUGCCCACAAACCCAGACGUGGCGGUAAAUGCUGAGUCCUCAAGGGGAGGUUGGAGGAAGCCAUCAUCUAGAACAUGCCAGCCAGACCCAGAUGGCCCCGUGCUGAUGUCCCCUGCUCUGCACAGGCCGGCUCCUCCCAUGGGGGGUUGUCCACCAGCUCAAGGUGCCUGGUUCCCUGCCUGGAUCACCCUCCUCCCACAGCACCCAUGGGAGACACAGCCUGUCCCAGGUCCUCUCGUCCAACAGACCUGCAUCCCCACGCUAUGCUUCCUUCCACCUCCGCACCCCAAAUGGGGCAGUGUCUGUGCUACCUUUACAUAGGGAUCGGACAUCCUCUCUCCAAAUGAGCCACUCUCCAUUCCAGGUGAAGACAGGUGGCAGGAGUACCCUGGGCCCUGGAGAGAAUCAAUCUCACAAUCCAAAGAUGGCCCACAGCCCUAGAAGCCACCCCGAGCAAGCCUGUUGGAAGGCUGCACCAGGCUCAGCAGCAAAGUAAAUGAUAAAGGACAGCUCAAGUGUCUUCUGGUUCAGAAGACAGGCUAGAUGAGAUCUCGAGCAGGGAGCUCGUCCUCCUGCACCUGCGUCUCCUCCAACUUGCAGAGUGACCUCUACCCAGUCCUUCGCCCCCUCUGGACCUCAUCUGUAACACGAAACAAUUGGACAAGAUGAUUUCUAAGGAUGCUUCUGACCCUUGCUUGGUGAGGUGAAACCAUGGUGAGCAUUGAGACACAGAGGCGGCCAAGAGAGGCUGCUUGUGCAUGCAUGCACGCCUGCAUUCAUUUGUUCGUUUAUUCAUUCAUUCAUUCAUGCGUGCUGCUACUGAGUGCUCCAUAAAUGGGACUGGAUAUACAGAUGGACAACUUGGGUUCUAUACAGAUGGAUCAAAGGAUGGUGCUGAGCUUCCCUUGCAAGCAGAACGCUUGUUCAAUGACCUUGCAGUUGGCCCAUGUCUAGCCUAUUUUUUGUGGUUUUAAUUUGCACAUCGCAGAGUAAGAGAUAAAUAUAGGGAUUUUUUUUUUUUAACAAAACAGAAUUUAGUGUCUUUAAUUAUUCCACAGGAUUGGGAAGAGACGUCAUUUCUGUCAAGAAUAAAGAGUAAGACAGUAGGCUCUUUUCAUCCAGUGGCUCUUUCUGGGAUAUGUACAAGUGGAUCAGUUGGCGGACCAACCCCACUGCCCUGGAAAGCCAGAGAUUCCAUCCCACCCUCUGUUCCCUUGCAGCAAGACCUUAAGCAGAUCCCCGCACUGUCUGAGCCCAGUUUUCCUGUCAAAAAUGGAGGUAGACUCUCCCACUGCCCUGCCUCAAAGAGCCAUGAGGAGGCUCUGAGAGGAAGUGAUGGUACUUUGCCAAGUGCAAGAGUUAGGCCCAGUGUGGACCGAUGUUAUUUCCAGACUGCACCGGGAAAGUGACUGCUUUGGAUCCCAGCCCUAAGAUGAGACCUGUUCCCCUGAGCUGGACAGUCUGGACUGACCUCUGUGCACAAGUCUGAAGUUCAGUUCCAGGAACCUUCCCCAAGUCCCAGAACCUCUGUAAUCUACCUGGGGCCCUGACUGACCCAGGAGUUGGACUGAAAGUUGGGGAGCCUUUGCUCAGUUCUGCACUCUCUUUUUGCUAUGCAGCCUCACCAUUUAAGCCUCAGCUUUUUCAUCUGUAAGCUAAAAGUAGCAAUGCACUAUGCCGGAAUACACAGGACACCCACAGGAUGGAAAUACGCUCUGCAAACUUAGAAGUGCCAGAUCACUCAAAGCCCAUGAAUGUGGCUACCAACACACAGUCUCUGGACAACUCUGGAUGGAAGAAGAAGGGGGGAAAUUUUCAGUUACAAAAGAUGGAUAGCUCAUAACUUGGGUAGCAGGUGCCCAUUUGAUGGCCCUAAACCCAUGUGCAAAAUGUAAUUUCUAGCAUUUCACUGCGACUGGAUUUACUUUCCAUGUUGUUUGCAGGUAUAGACCCUUCGGGUUUAAAGACAGCCACAUUGGAGAAUGUCCAUCUCUUUUCCCCUCCUUCCCAUAGGGAUCUAGUUUCUAGGCAGAGGGUGAGAAAGUAUUUGUGCAAAAGACACAACAGUCUCUGGAGGGAAGGGAUGUCCACUUCCCAGCCUCUCAGUCCGCCUCUGGCAUCCACUGAGGUGAGUUUAUCUGCUCUGACCUUGGGGGUGACCCCUCUGCCCUGGGGAAGCACCACUUCAUUCAACCCCCUACUGGGGGUUCUUCACUCCUCAUCCUCAUCUGCAGCUUCCCACCCCAGUCGUGACUGUCCUCCAGCUAAGGAGGAAAAGCUAAGGGCUCUCCCACAGCCUUCUGUGGCCAUGGGAGCCCUGGGCCGCACAGUGGGUCUCACUUAUUCUAAACCUCCUGUGGCCAUUCCACAUGCCCUGGUGAUAGGGCAUGGUUGAGCUGAUGAUCUCCAAACUUCUAAGGGGAAUGGGAGAGGCGCAGGUCCCCCCUGCUCUGGGGUCUCAGCCAUUUAUACCCUCCUCUCCCAGGCUCCCCUAGAAACAAGAUUUGUCCAACCAGGAGAGGUUCAGGUGACCAGAUAUCUCAGUUUCACUGCUGCACUGAACAUUGACUUUGAGGGAACAUUUCUUCUUUCCUAGGGAAUUUCCUCCACCCUCCAGGAACUACUUUAUUCCCUUUACCUUAUAUCUUUGAGACAAAGGAAUCAUGUUAGAACUCUUAGCGGCUGUGUGACCUGGGACAAGCGACAUCUCCCCUGUGUACCUGAAUAAGAACAGCAGUUUCUUAUGUCUUGGGGUUUCUGUAACAGUUGUACAAGUACAUUUUAGUAUGGAAUAAGCACUCGACACAUGUUAAGAAAAAGUCAUUUUCUCCCAAACACUUUCUGU